UGUUUUAUUGACAUUUAUUAUAAAAUUUGCUGUCGUUGCAGUUGUAAAUAAAUAAACUACAAUUCUAUUUCGAUUGUGAUGGAAGGUGUUUUAUGGAAGUGGACAAAUUACUGGAACGGUUGGCAGACAAGAUGGUUCGUUCUGGAGAACGGUAUUCUAUCUUAUUAUAAAUCAGAAGAGGAAGUGUUUCAAGGAUGCAAAGGCUCGGUGAAAGUAUCAGUAUGUCAAAUUAAUGUCAAUAAUAUCGACAAUACCCGACUGGAUUUAGUUAUACCUGGUCAGCAACACAUGUAUUUACGGGCACCAUCUCCUCAAGACAGGCAAAAGUGGCUGGUUGCUUUGGGAAGUGCUAAAGCAUGUGUAGACAAAACUGAUACAAUAGCUCCAGAAUUUGAUAAUUCUUUGGGACAUAAAAAGUCUGAAUUGAGGCUGUAUUGUGACCUAAUGAUGCAGCAGGUGCAUUUAAUAAGAAGUGCAUCUUACACUGACAGCCCAGAGAAUAAGAGAGUGGAAGAAGAAGCUAACCUUUUAAAAGCUACAUGUGAUACAUUUAUUAAGACAUUGGAAGAAAUAAUGAGACUAGCUAACUAUGGUGGAGGUAAUGCUACACAUGAAAUGCCUAUUCCAAAUUUAAAUAAAAUACAGAGUAAUUCAAAAAAUACAAAAUCUCAUUUAAACAGAACAGUCUCACAAGAAAACAGAUAAAUCAUCAAAACUAUAAAAUUCCAAUACCGUUUUUUUUCCUUGUCAGUUUACUUAAUUAGGAAAUAAUUUAAAGUAGGAGUCACUAGUUAUACCUAAAGUUGCUUAAAUUGGUUGUUUGUAUUUAAAUUUUAUUGUUUAAAAAUGUAAUUUUAGUUUUAUAUAUGUUCUACUACCAAUAAGCAAACAGCAAUCUUUUAAGUCUUAUUUCAUGUUUAUUUUUUGGUAGUGAAAAUUUAAUAUAUAAUGUUUAACUAUAUGAAAUAAAAAAUAUAAUUUUUGUUCAAGUUUAAGAUAGCAUAGAUCUGAGAUAUAUAAAUUUUGUAUGGAGUUUAAUUUGGUCAUUACAAGAGGAACAUACCUCAAACAUAUGCCAAAGGUCAGUAAAUAAGGUACUGUAGUCAGAUUAUUAAAAUUGUUUUUGAUUUUUUUUAAAGUUAAAUAUAUCUAAAUUGGUCAUAUUUGCUUUUACAUUACAAUAGGAUUUGUUAGUCUAAUUUUAAUUAAAUUAGUUACAGUAAUCAUACAGUUAUUACAAAAUUUCUUUUAGUCUUGGCAUAUGUUCUAUAUCUUAUUUACAAUGUAACUUGUUGUAAAAAGCAUAAUAACUUAUGGUUCUUGGCUUUUAAUAUUACCUUAAAAUAAUAAAAAAACAUAAAAGAUUAACUUCAUGACAUCAUAAAUAUUUUAGAUGGCUAUGACUUAUGAAUAAAGUCUAUAAUUUGUUAAAUUACAGCGAAUAAGGUUUUUUUAGUGGAAUAUCUUGCAAUGGGUAUGCACAUAUAAUAAUUUAUAGUAAGAAGUGUAAAGUCCUUAUAUAAAAUUUAAAUUUAUUUUGCUUUGCUUAAUAUUAAAAGAGCUUGUACAUAGGUAUUUGUUGAAUAGAAUUUUGGUACACUUUUUAAUUAAAAUAAUAAAACAUUAUAUUCUUUCUAAUUCAUGGUUCAGUACAUCCAUGUAUGUGAAUAAUAUAUAAAUGUAAAGAACAAAGAUUCGUUCGGUUUUUUCGUUAUUGUAUAAUCUGAAGAUGAUAGUAAUUUCGAGUGAACGGUAAAACUGUAAAAAUGGAAUAGGAGAUAAAAAUAUUUUAUCUUAAAUGCGUUAGUACAUGCACUAGUAGUUUGGUAAAGAAGAGUUAAAUGGGAGCAGAUAGAUAUCUCAAGGAAGAGUUAAAUAAAUAUAUUUCAGAAUCAAAAUGUAUUUUAGAUCUGCACCAAUAGCAGCAAGUGCAACAGUUCGUAUAUUUAUUACGCGGUAACACAUAUAAAAAAAAACAUUCAGACGAAUU